AUGAUCAAAUUCAAUAAUACAGAAACAACAAGAAUCAUUCAACAUUCUCAACAAUCAACAUAUGAUGAUAAUAAAGAUAUAAUAUGGCCAACUGUUGUUGGAAUAUUUGUUGCAUUAGCAUUAGGAUGGAUGAUAUGUCGAUAUAAAUGUUCUUCACAAGACAGAUCUCCACAUAUUGUUCGAUGUUGUCCAAAAUCAUUAUGUAAAAGAAUUCGAUUAUGUUGUCCAUGGACAUUUAGAUCUGAUAAUGAAUCACGACACCAAAAUUCAGGUUCUGAUUUACGAAUACAAGUGAAUAAAGAAAGACCAUCGAAUAAUAGUGUAUCAGAAAUUCCAUUUAUAGUAAAUAGUUCAACACAUCAUUCCUCAUCUCUUACACAAUCUUCUCAACAAUGGCCACCACCAUUUCUUUCAAGUAACAAUGAAGGACCAUCAUUUCCUCUAUCAAUAUCAAUUCAACCAACACUAAACUCGUCACAACCAAAAAGACAUCCAUUAUGUCAAGAACCAGCAUUAACUGAAACAGAACAGAGUAAUGAAAGACGUGAUUCGUCACCAUGUCCAUUUCGAGCAACAAAUAUAAAUUUUCAUGAACAAACAAAUGAUAUUAAGCAGAGUCAUCUGUUCUUUAACACUUAA